GAGCCCUUAAAAUUAUACUAAAUUUUCAGGACCUAAAGAAAAGUUCAGUAUAGAAAACAGUGUUGAAAGCCUGUGGCUGUACCAACUGAGGUCAUCCUAACAGAGGAGGAAAGGAUUUUAUUUGUUCACUACCCAUGAAAAAAUGGGAAACAAAGUUUUGUAACUUUUUUCAUAUAUAAUCUUGAAAAAGUCUUUCUUCCCAUUUGAAGUGAGGAAUAUUUCAGUGUCAUUUUUUGGUGGUUUUCAAAACCAGUUACAUAAGUUAAUUUUAGCAAUGUAGAUUCUUACCGAUUUUUCUGGACAAGAAAUUACUACAUAACUUUAUUAUUACAGUGUAUUACACUAUGUUGAUGUGUUUUGGUUUUGUUUGUUUUUUUUUCCUCUGGAAGAACAUUCCUGUAGAAAGGAAAUAGGAGCCACAGUCUGAAAUCUAAAAUAAGGACUAAACAGCUUUUCAUUUGCUUUUCUACCCUUUGAGAUGCCAGAAGCAAUUUCCUCUUGAAGCUGACUUCCUCUCUGGAAGUGAUUUUCGUCUCCAACCAUGUUGAGGCUCUCUUCUCAUUCUUUCAUUCUGACUAACUUGCUUUUUUCCCCUCUGACUUUCUACUGCAGUUGGGAACUUCUGGAGUAAGAGCGACAGAUCUUGCUGCUCCCCCCACCUUUUCCUGCAACUUAAUCAUUUGCAGAUCUUGCCAUGGGGUGCGGACUGAGAAAGCUGGAAGACCCAGAUGAUAGCAGCCCUGGAAAAAUCUUUUCUACACUGAAGAGACCACAAGUUGAAACAAAGACGGAUUCUGCUUAUGAAUAUGUAUUGCUGGAUUUUACUUUAGAAGCUUCGUCAAAUCCAGAAGUUAUCAAGAUCAGUUCUGUGUUGGAUAUAGCCUCCCAGGUGGAAGAAUAUUACAGCAAAGGAUAUGUUGUAGGAGCUGUUCAUCCUAUUAUGCUGCCCAUUGGACAUAGAAGGAGUUUCCCUGCAAGUCACAUGUAUCGAGUGGUACUUUCACGAUUAAAAUUAAGCCAGAAGCAUGCAGCACCCAGAGGACAAAGGCACCCCAGGCUGCUGAUUGAGGAAUGUCCUUUAAUGUAUGAAACACUGACAAAUGAGGUAGUGAAAGAACUGUUAGAAAAGGUUAACGAAGCUGCUAAAAGAGGCAAGAAGUUUGUGGGAUUUGUAACGCAACACUUCCCUCAGCCUAAAGCCUGUAAUGGAACAAGCCCAGAUGGAAGUGCAGAGCUGGAAGCAACACUGGGCAGAAGAAACAGGGAACACAGGAGAGAAAACUUUGAUGAAAACUAUAAAAACUGGAAUGAGGGGACAUUGAGUGGUCAUUCAUCUGAGAGUGGGAUAGAGGAGGAAAUGCAAGGAGAAAGCAGACUAUUAGAGGAUUCAGACUUCCAGUUUGGAAAAGAAGUCAACCCUUCUAAACCACGGAAAGGAGAUGACAAGCUAUAUACAGUCUUCAAUGUUUUUGAUGAUGAUUCCACCUGCUGGACCUAUCAUGAAGGUGUUUUGUCUAUGAAAGUAACAAGGAAGGGGCCAGUUGUUAGUACUCUGGAAGCAGACUGGCUAGAAUUAACUACAUUUUAUUAUAAACAAGGAUUGUCCUUAGUUGAUUCUUUUGUGCACUGGGAAUCUUCUAAAGGGGACUAUUUGCCCAAAUCUUUAGAGGGAUUAUUUAUCUAUGAAGAAGAAGGUGCUGGGGUUCCAGGUUCUAGCAGGAAAGGAAAUGAUGCAAUAGUUGUUGAACAAUGGACAGUCAUUGAGGGGUGUGAAAUUAAAACAGAUUAUGGACCUUUAUUGCACACGCUGGCUGAGUUUGGAUGGCUCCUGACCUGUGUCCUGCCUACACCCAUCGUACGACAUGACAGUGAAGGAAAUCUCGCUACAAAGCAAGUAAUUUUUCUUCAGAGACCUGUUAUGUGGAGUUCUGCUGUCCAGACACCAGAGAGGAAAUCCUUAAGACAAGUUACUGGGGAGGAAAAAAGCAAAGUGUCUAGCAGAAGUGUUGGAUUAGACACAGCUACUUCUUGCCCUCCAGAAAUUGGACAACCACCUGGCGAGUUUCACCUGUCUCCUUCUAAACAGUGUUGGAUGAAGGAGGGAUCCUCCCAGUAUGGAGGUUUUCCAGGAUUCAGUAGCAGUGAUGGAGUAUUAAGGGAACUGGAUGAUGGACAGUAUGACCAGGAAGAUGGAGUCACUCAGGUCACAUGUAUGUGAUAAAGUAAGUAACUGCAUCAGAUGGACAUGUACAUAAUUCACACAAAUGGAUUUUUUAAAAAAAAAUUAUACUACUUUAAAUGCAUUGGUAUAAUCCUAUGACUUUGCCCAGACUCAUUUUGUAUUGUUGUCAGUUUUUGUUGUGUUAAUCCUACUGUAGUAAUAAUACUACUACAAAAUCAUUUCCUCUUCUGUCUCUCUUUAAUAGUAUAACUACAAGACUGGGUGUUCUCCUAACUUGUUAAUGCUUUUGACAAGCAAGGAAGCACAAGCUGCAAAAGAGUGACAGUUUGAGUUGUGUAAGGAGAAAGGAAUGAGGAUGUUUAGUAUUUUCCACAAACUGGAGGAAUGUUUUUGGGUUUGAUUGAUUGUUUGUUGUUUGUUUUUCUAAGGGUGUUGUAAAUAUUGGUGGGGAAAGAUGAACUGUCUGGCUGUUAAGUUUUAACGUAAUUCUCACUUUAUUUGCCUUGCAUAAGUUCUAAAGCCUAGAGAAAUGUCAGGUCUUAGCCUAAAGUGUUAGUAAUUUAAGCUACAUUCAGAUUUGGUGUGGACAAUAAAACUUGGGGUGCUGUAGGCAGACGUGUGCUCCUGUAAUAGUUUCACCUCUGCAGGUUGUAUCAGAGUUCCUUGUACGUGUAAGCCAGGUGCUGUCAGAGCUUCUAACUCGUGUAAUGAUGUAUUUGUAACUUACUCAUGAGUGGAAAUUAAGAACCACUCAUCCCCUGGAAGAUACCUUGCAGUCUAUGAGCAAGUAGUUUGAGAAGCUCAGGAGCAGCAUUGACAUCAGUGUGCCCAGUGAAGCUGCUAACAGAGGAGGAGAACAUAGGCUAAACUUCAUGGGCAGUAUUAGAUCAUGCAGUAUAUACAAACAUGCUGAUGUGUAUAUAAAAAAUGUCUCAGCUGAAUGUAUCUCACACUGGAUAAGGUGUAUUCAACUGCAUCAAAUACCAGACAUCCUUACCAUGGGGAGGAGCUGCUUGGGUUAAGUGAGAGUGAUGCUGGCAGGGCUACGUGGGGAGAGGCACAAACAGGAGUUAUUUUUAUGCUGCUGUCUGGAAACUACACUUUACAGAGGAGAAGCUGAAUAAAAAUGUAUCUCCAGAAAAAAUUUCAUUUUUCAUUUAGUUUUAGAAGCAAAAUACUAUAAAUGCUCUUCAUAUUUAAGCUAAUGCAAAAUAAUUCAGUCAAGAUGAGAAGUGAGAACAGAACUGAGCAAUUGUAUUCACAACCCUGCUCUCAAUGUUUGCAGUACAGCACACACAUCACCCAGGGAUUCUGAUACCUGUCUCUGUGUAUUGUGCUGCAAACAUGGAGAGAAAUGUCAUAAAUAUGUUUACCUACACCAGUCUGCUCCCCUGGGGGGGCAUCCCACCAGCUGCUGUGGGAGUCUGCCUGUCCACAGUGGUAGGUUGCUGGCACUAAACACAGUGGGCAAAUCAGUGCAGUAACACCAACAACUAACUCCAAAUGAGUACCCCAGGAGAUGACCAGGAUAAUGGAAGUGUAGCUGCAAUCUCAGAGCUGUGCAGAAAUAACAUGGGCAGAAGCUGCUUAUUUUGAUAAGCAAAAAUUAACUAAUGAAGGAAAAAAGUUACACUUGCUGCUAUUUCAGUUUAUUUUUGUAGGGUGGGCAGGGGGGAAACCCAUUCUACUGGCAUAAUUAGCGUAGUGGGAGCUUGAAAUAUUAUUGCUGCUUCCCAAUUUGAUUGUGAAAUUCUUGGGGGCAGGCUUGUUUAUUUUUCAGUUUGGAAGAGGAACUCAACAACUAUUUGUAGCUGGUUUGGGAUUUUUUUUUUUCCAAAACAGAUGCACAGCCUUGGAGCUGGAGACAUUGCUUCAGCUUCUUUUUCCCAUUGCAUGCACUGUGGGGAGCAAUGGGAGCACAGGAGUACCUGUAAGAGGAGGCAUGGUAAGAAAUCCCUUCUUGCCAAGGCUUCUCUCCCAGCUUUCCCAGCAUUUCGAGGUCAGAGAUGUGGGGCAUGAACCUUGCAUUUCGUUCCCUGUCUGGGGCACUGUGUGGAGGAAGAUCCCCCUGCUAAAGGGAGGGUGCUGGGCUGGCUGUUCCCUGCAGAGCCUGACCCAAAUGCUGCUCUCUCUUGCAGCUGCUGCUCUGGGAACAGCAGUCGUGGUCACAGUUAGCAGGGAUCUCCUCCGUGGUACACAGGGGGAAGAAAUGACAGACAUACAUGUUACAUCUGCCUCUGGCAGAAAGCCAGGGAACUCUAGCAUUUUAAAAAUGGAGUAACAGCUGGGCUUUUGCAACUUAGAAUACGUUGCUCUCCUUUUAAAAGUAUUUUUCAUGAGUUAUCCAAAACUCUGGUGUGCUUGUAAUUUUAACUACUAGUCAUUCUCCAUACAAGUCAAACCUGUAAAAUAAGCAAGAAUUGGUCAAAAACUUCAGCAAUUCUGAAUAUUUCAAGUUUGAGCUUUUAAAAUACAUAAAGAAAUUACUUUUUAUUAAGCACUAUUCCUGCUCAUGGUGGUUAACAGUAGUGAAUCCUUAACCAACACUGAACUACAACUAUUAAGUUACAAAGUAUAAAGUAGUAAAUUUAAUGCAGUUACUCUUUCUGGAAUGCAUUACUUGGAUAAAAAGAGUCAUUUAACUUUUAACUGAGAUCCUAUCAGCUGUUGAGAGUGCAGAAAAUUCAAAUAAAAUAGUAUCAUUUUAAGAGAUUUUCCCCUUACAAGUUAUGGGAGGUACACAAGGGAGAUUCUGUUCUGGUAUGAAGGUACCACAUGGAUAUCCACAGCUACACUCUAGAAUAUCAUUACUUUUAGCAAGACUUGUCUUAAAAUGAAAUAAAAUGGUAUUCCUUUCCAGUAGUCCCCAGUUUUAACUGUGCUUUAGUUCUUUCUUGUGAAUCUCACAGGUGUUGGCAGUGCUGCAAACCUCUGAAUUUCUUUCUUGUCUUUUUAAUUCAGUAUAAAUAUGUGAAAUUGUUUCCUCUGAACACACUCAGCAAUUCCUGUUAAAGAACAGCUGGGUUUUUUAAAUGUCAUUUUUCUCACAGUAUGAAAGUUGCCCCUGCUGUAGAAAUAUUAAUCUUGUUUUCCCAGGUCUCCAUUGUCUUUCACCUCACAGGCUCUGUAUGGAAGAAAAUAAACAAAAUACAGUUCUUCAUAUGGGGGGGAAGUCAACCUGACAGGAGUCAAGAUAGAAAUGUGUGAAGUGAGUGGCACAGAGGGUAGCAAAGGAAUGAAUUCCUCAGCAUUUUUUUUUUUUUGGUACAAGAAAUCAGGGCAAUCAUGGUAGUGGUAAGUAGCCAGUUUGAAAUAAAUCAUGGUAUCUGUUCAGCUGACUGUAGAAUUCCUUGCUGCAGGAUGUUGUGUGUAAAGUUACAUGGACUUAAAGGUGACCAAAAAACUCCUGAAAGGAAAAACAUUAUUCUCUCUGAAGGUCACUGAACCAGAAGCAGACUGUGAAAAACUGGUCUGACUGCACACCUCUCCUGUUCUUUAGAUUAUUGUGAGCACCAGGGGCUUCAUCACUGGUGGCAUGUAGCUGAGUGCUCUCCUGCUGCAAGGCUUGCUUUUGAAAGUCAGGGCAAGAGUUAUAUCUGACUUCACACUCUAGUCAAAGAACAGAGUAAACCACCUGUCCUCCUAAGGUGUGGAUGCUGAAACAGACUAAAUUGAAAAUGCUUCUAAAACAAAAUAUGGAAAAUCUUCUGUUUUGUUCCUUACAGUUAAAAAUGCUGAAAGACAACUAUAUCCCACUUGGAUAAGUGAGAAGGGGAGAGUUCAUUUUGGGUAUACAGGAUUCUAAUUUCAGAGACUCAUUUCAUCACCUGGUCUUACAACCAGAGCAUUUAGCUGUGCCUUUACUAGUGUGGGUGACCACCACUGUCCAUUAAGUAAACAAAGUUUGUAAAUCACAAGACCUGUCAGAGUAACUAACAAAACUUUUUGUAUGCUAUUAUGUGUGUGUAUGUACACACACUGCUCGGUUUCCAUUUUACCAGAGUGCAUUAACUUACUUUUUAUUGUAAGAAUUGCAAAUUAAAGCAUGGAUGCAUUCUCUGACAGAAAAAGGAAGUACAUUUUUACUCAAUGACAGGGCUUCAGUCAGGGGCAGCCUGUGUGUCUGAACUGUAGUAGGAAAGUCCCUGACCUGUAUGUGACGAGAGAAAUGCUCUGCAACUAUCAGAACAGAGACAGAAGGCAGCCAGUACUGUUCAUGAACUUCUGCAAAAGAAUGUUUAUAUUUUCUGAUGCUUAAAUUGUUUGGAGAGGAAAUAGUUUUCUAGUGUUUACAAACAGGAAGAAACUGUCCAAUGUUCAAUGUUUUGUACCCUGCUCAUAAUUGUCAGAACAGUUUAUUUACAUACCUGGUCUUUUGCAAUAAACUGUUGCUUAACUUCGGUGUUUCCUAUCUGUAAAGUACUAUUUUUGUAAAGGGUAAGAUCUUUUCUAUAGUUCAUAUAGGAAGGUCCUCACCAUUAAAAGCACUUAUCAAAUCAGUUGGUUUAUGAUGUUUGUCUCACACUGAUAUUAAAUGGGUUAAAUCAGUG